AUGGCAGGUCAAAUUGCACUACUGAACACCCUUUUCCUGUUCACGCCGAAUAUAAUGCUCUUCGCUGAUAUCCUUGUUACGGCUCUACUCAUGAUGUGCCUACAUGUCAUAAUUGAGGCCCCAAAUGCCACUGGUUCUUUAUCCGGCAAAAUCGAUAAUAGCUUUUGGGCAAUAUUGGCUUUAGCUGUUUUCUUCCUUUAUGCUGCAUGGAUGCAUGUGCCCGCAGAUAGAACCAUUUUGGUGCUAGCCAUUUGCCUCUCUGUCAUUGUGCUCUUCGGUGCCCUCCUAUACCAGACAUGGUCAUUAUUUUACUGGAGUGGUAUCUGGACUGUCCGACGGCAUUGCUUUCUCCAGUGGCCUAGUCAAAAUGAUAUACAGGAGGACUGUAAUAUCUGGCCAGAUAGUGACGCUGUUAUGCUGAGUUUGACACUCCCAAAGAAGAUGAAAAUCGAUGCUGGUCAAUAUGUCAGUCUUUGGGCGCCAACAGUGGGCCUGCUUGCAUUUGCGCAGCUACAUCCUUAUAUGGUCGUCUCUUGGGCGCCCAGCGAGCAGAACACUUUACUGCUAUUCUUGAAGCGAGAGCGAGGGAUAUCUCUCAAGAUCGUCAAGAAAAUUAGGUCUUGUUCCAGGGCUCCUGUGAAGAUUUUCGCUUCGAUAUUGGGGCCGUUUGGUACUGUUGAACCUGUCGAGCAGUAUGACAGUGUACUUAUCAUUGCCACCGGUCAUGGAAUAACGGCGAUAAUGAGCUAUGUCAAAAAAUUGAUGCAAUUACAUGCCCACCCAUCUACGCGGACCAAGCGUGUUCAUUUCAUCUGGCAGGUGAAGGUAGUCGGUAUGAUACCUUAG